UCCGUCACGUGACGCGAGAUCCGCGGCCGGCAGUCUUUACGGCAGCCGGAUGGGGUCAGCCCGCCCGGUGGCGGCGCCUCACCUGAAGGUGUCUGAGGGCGCGUCGCGCCGCUGAACGCUUCCCCCACUCGCCGGACGCAGCGCCGGAGCGCGGCAGCAGCGGCCCGGCCGGGGCAACAGGCGGGCCGGGCAGGGCUGAGCGCCUUACGCCGCGUCUGGGUGAGUGCGCGCUGCUGGGCCCGGAGAGAGCGGUGCCGUGCCGUGCCGUGCCCCUGACGCCUCCCGGCUGCCCGCGCCGGGCCGUGCCCCCUCUCCCCGCAGGGUCCUGGAUCUACGGCCGUCUCACCGUGCUGUGUUCUCCAGCGUUUCCGAAUGAGUGGGGCUGCGUUCCCGUCACCAGCUGCUGAGAUGGCAGAAAUCAAUCGUCUUCAGUAUGAGAUGGAGUACACCGAAGGGAUCAGCCAGCGCAUGAGGGUCCCAGAGAAACUCAAAGUGGCUCCUCAGAAUGCUGACCUUGAGAAGAGCGUCCCAGAAGGAUUUCCAAAUGCCAGUGUAACUAUGCAGGUUCCAGAGCGGAUUGUAGUUGCAGGUAAUAGUGAAGACAUUCCACUUUCCAGACCUCCAGACCUCGACCUCCUUCAGUCUACUCCAUUCAAACCACUGGCAUUGAAAACUCCUCCCCGUGUUAUUUCUCUCAGUGAUCGACCACUAGAUUUUUUGGACUUAGAAAAACCUCCACAACAGACCCCUCAAAAUGAAGAGGUUCGCUCAGUGGGAAGGCUGAAGAGAGAACGUUCCAUGAGUGAAAAUGCCACUCGACAGAAUGGCCAGCUGGCCAGAAAUGAUUCCAUUGUGACACCAUCAGUGCAACAGGCUCGUGUCUGUCCUCCCAAUAUGUUGCCUGAAGACGGAACUAAUCUUUACUCUGCUCGUGGCAUUUUAUCGUUUAUCCAGUCUUCCACACGUAGGGCUUACCAGCAGGUCUUGGAUGUGCUGGAUGAAAAUCGCAGGCCAGUGUUACGUGGUGGGUCAGCUGCUACCACUUCCUCUAACCCUCAUCAUGACAACACCAGGUACAGUCUGUCCAACAUGGAUACCACGCUUGAGGGAACACCAGACGACAUGACUGUUGUAGAUGCUGCUUCCUUAAGAAGACAGAUAAUCAAACUUAAUCGACGUCUCCAGCUUCUGGAAGAAGAAAACAAAGAGCGUGCUAAAAGGGAAAUGAUCAUGUAUUCAAUUACUGUAGCUUUCUGGCUACUCAAUAGCUGGCUUUGGUUUCGGCGCUAGACACAGCUCUGAAAAAUUUAGUUGAUCAAAAUACCAACAAAAUUUGCAAAACUCUUUGUUUCUGUUUCUGAAUUGUAUGCUGUUUUAUAAUUCAUACACUGGAAACUUCCACCACAGGAAAAGCCUAGAGAAUUGCAGUGUUAAAGGGACACCUUGUUGUUCAGUUAUGCUGUAUUUAAUAGAUUUGCAUUGUGAAUACUUGCAGUAUCCUCCUUUGCAUGCUUCAAUGUAAAUACGGAUCAGCUGAUUUUGAAAUGAAGCUUGCUUUGUGCAGUGUAAGGAGAGUGUCUGACAGGAGUAAUCACUGGAUUUUUUUUGUUGUGGUUGGCAGAGAACAAAUCAGAUUGGGUUUGGGAAAAAAUAUCAACACAAAGAAAUAAAAACUAGGUUUUAUUGAGCUGUUAGAUGCAAGUGAACAUCAUUGCACUAGUUCUCCUUCAGUCUAACUUGUAUCAGAGGUGUGCCAUAUUCAAGGAGUGUGUCCUGUUUCAUGAGUAUGUUCCUAGUUUAAGGCUGUGUUCAGGUCAGAUAAUAAAAGGUCUUUGCUAACAUGCAGACUGUCCA